GGAGGGCGGACGUUCUGUUACACGGACCCUCAGUUUCGGUGCGUGCACAUUCUUCCCACUAAUAGCCGUGACUGUCGAUAACGAGGCCUCUAGGAGGAGAUGAGUAAUCAUGUCGCCACUGAGUGGUUUACCUCCGUGUAAUCCCUGUCAGGUUAACCAUUCACUUCCUAGGUGUUAGAGUUGCUUUAAGGACAGGUUUAUAGAAGCGUAUCAACAUGGCGUCAGCAAUGGUUCUGACUUUCAUAACUCUCCUGACAUUAUCUGUAAUAUCUGCCGUGGUGGGCCAACCUCAAGUUACCACGAAAAACGGUGUAAUAGAAGGACUUGUGACGGCAGUAGAGGGGCAGUCUGUGAAUCAGUUUUUAGGGAUUCCUUUUGCUGAACCACCUGUAGGAGCUCUGAGGUUUCUGAAACCACGGCCGCCCUCUAACUGGACUGGAGUUAAGCGGACCACCGCUUUUGGCGCAGUGUGUAUGCAGAGUACCGAUGUCUUAAAUCAUUACGGUGAUCAGCUAUCUGAAGACUGUCUUACCCUAAAUGUGUUCGUCCCCGGGGCUGUAAGCAACACUAACAGGAAGGCGGUAAUGGUCUGGAUAUAUGGCGGGGGCUACACCACAGGAGGAACUAAUAUUUACUUCUUUAAUGAAUUUGUGGUACGAAAUGACGUCAUCGUGGUAUCAGUCAACUACCGCGUGGGUCCAUUUGGGUUCUUGACCACUGGUGACGCCAACGCUCCUGGUAACGCUGGACUCUGGGAUCAAAUAGAGGGACUCAAAUGGGUGCAAGAUAACAUAAAAAAUUUUGGCGGAGACCCUAAUAAUGUGACUAUUUUCGGAGAAUCGGCAGGUGGCGGUAGUGUUUCACAACUGGCUAUGACGGUGGCCUCCAGGGGUCUUUUCCAUCGUUUUAUAUCCAUGAGUGGCACCGCACUAACCGAUGGGACGUGGGUAAAAGACGGUCCUGACGUCGCUACCAAGGUUGGACAGAAUCUUGGAUGUAACGCUGCAGCAUCGUUGGUGGCCUGUCUCCGUGCAGCCAAUGCGACCUCUCUGCUCAAAGCGUCCGACCAGUCAAUGUUCCCAGGACGGUAUUCAGCCCUUUUUGCCCCUGUUGUCGACGGCGACAUGUUUCCUCGUAGUGUGGAGGAAAUGCUGAGGGAUCCCAACUCAACUGAGUUGAGACAUUUUCUGUCCCUGGAUUACAUGGGUGGAUUCACGGACUCUGAUGGCGGGGUUAACCUCCUUUUCCCACCUACCAACAUCACACUUGGUGUACCGCCCGCUUAUAUGAGAGAUACUUUCCUUCCUCAGUUUGCUGCCCGGACUUCCGCCUACCACAAAGAUGAAAUAGCACAGAAACUGAGAGAAAUUUAUUACAAGGCGAGUGCCAGCAUGGUAGAGACCGGACGCCUAAUGGUUAACCUGUAUACUGAUAUAUAUUUUUCUGUACCAACAGUUGCCUUCCUUAGGAAUCAUUAUAUGUCGUCAGGUGGCUCCACCUAUCUUUACUACUUCACCAAGGAGCCGUCAUUCCCUCAUCUCCUGCCCGUACCAGCCUGGUUUAAGGGUGUUAACCACGGGGACGAGGUCGUCUUCAUGUUAGGGCCUGAUGGCACUGCUCUAUUCAACGGCACCUUCACGGAAUUAGAGAAGAACGUUUCCAGAGCUUUUAUGACCUACUUUGCAAACUUUGCAAAAACUGGAAACCCCAACACUCCUGAUACUGUACCAAGCCUAUGGCCGGAAUAUACGUAUACGAGGGAAGAGUAUCUAGACAUCGGUGACGUCAUCGUCAAUAAAACUGACGUCAUACCAGAGCGUAUGACCCUGUGGUUAGACACCAUCCCUAAGAUACUGGCCAGGUCCACCACUUCCGCUCCGUCCACGACGCCGUUGACUAGUGAGGGGGUACAAACCCAGUUCAGCGCCAUGCUUGCUAUCCUUGUUAUGUUUAACGUCUUGAAGUUGUUUUGUUGAGGUCGAGACUUUUCCUGUUUUAUCAUUUCCGAGAUUCUGUAACCAUGUUUAAAGAACAUCGUUAAAGAAAAGAUGUCCUGACCAAAAAGAAUGUCACCUCUGUAUCUGAACAUGGAAUAUUUUCCUCAAACAGGGAUUAGGAAUCUGUUAUUUUAGUGAUACAUGUAUUAUUGUAAACCUUUUCGUGUAAAAUCGUUGAUUGUUUUCAUGAAAAUGAAAAGACUGUUCAAUCUCAGCAUUUUAGUAAUUACCAACUCUCAGAUUAAGCAUCCUUAAAGCGAGGAUGAUUUCUCUUUUAGAUAUGAACACAUUGAUUUUGAGUCAGGUUCAGUUUACAACUUUUGUAACUGAAUGGAUUAAAAAAUAUACUUAACAUAUCUUCAUUACUACUUAGGGGUCGGUCGUGGCGUCUGAUGAAAGCAAUCUACUAGACUAAGAAUCGAGAAUGAUAUUUGUUUUCGUGUGCUACCUUUUAAGGCACACAGCACAUAUACUUUGCAAAUUUUGUAAAAAAUAUUCUACUGGAUGUCGGAGUGAACGCCCGGAUGGCUCAGUCGGUAGAGUAUCAGAUUUCUAGGAAGGAACCUUUUGUUCUUUUUAAAGAAAACGGUCAACACGUAAAACCAUACUUCUCUUUUCUCAAAUUUUUCAUAGCCAGAAACCCAGGUGCAAGCUGGCCAAAUUGUGGCAACUUAUUUUACAUGGGGGCUCUUAAUUUAUGGCCGGAGUCGUUAAUUAG